AUGUUCGGGUCGUUCUUUGCGGUGGUGAAGCUGUAUCUAUUGCUGCUGGCGGUGUACUGCUGGUCGCGGCGGCGGCUAGAACGGCACAACACGCAGGUGUUUGAGCGGCUAGUGGGCGGGGACAGCCAGCACACGUCGCUCACACUGGUGAUCGCGCACCCGGAUGACGAGGUGAUGUUCUUCGCGCCGACGCUGUUGCAGCUGGACGCGCGGCUACCGGCGUGGAUGCCUUUCCGGGUGGUGUGUCUGACGGACGGGGGCGCGGAGGGACUGGGGCAGCUGCGGCGGGCGGAGCUGCAGAAGGCAUUGCGGCUGCUGGUGCUGGAGCACGACGUGACGCUGGAAGUGGCGGACUUCACGGACGGGAUGAAGGAGGACUGGGACCUUGCGGAGGUGCGGACGCGGCUUGGCGAGCUGGUGACGGACGCGAAGCCGCUGGUGCUGACGUUUGACGAGCGGGGCGUGUCCGGGCACCGCAACCACAUCGGAUGCGCGCUGGCGGCGGCGCGGCUAGGGCACAAGACGCUGUUUCUGCGCAGCGAGCGUAACCUGCUGCGCAAGUACUCGUUUUUCGUGCUGGACGUGUUCCGGGUGGUGUUCGGGACGCCGCCGCCGACGGUGUUUGUCAGCACGCUGGCGCAGUAUCUGCAUGCAUUGGUGGCGAUGGUGGUGGCGCAUCGGUCGCAGAUGGUGUGGUUCCGCUGGGGCUGGUGGAUGGCGAGCCGGUACGUGUAUGCGAAUGAGUAUUGA